UUUAUACUACGAUAUUGAUAAACAUUGCGAGAUUCAACUGACAAAUGUAACAUUGUUCACGACAAUUAGGAUAUCAUAAUUAAAUUUUCUAAUAAUAAAAUUUAAUAAGAAUAAAUGUAAGUAGUACUAGUAUUCGAUUAGAGAAUAACAAAAUACGUAUAUUAAAACGAAAUAACAUUGAAUUAAAGCUAAUUUUCUUUCGAUUAAUAUCUUUAUAUCAAAGAUGGCAUUAUAAAAUAACGAUAAUAACAAUACUACAUGUGCAAUUGCAACAUAUAAAUACAAGUAGAGAUCAUUAAGAAAUUAAAAUAACAAGUUAAAUAUAAUAUUAUGAACAAUAGCAAAAAAAAUAUUCACCUUUCGAGUGGCUAUAUUAUGCCUUUUGUUGGAUUUGGAACAUACAAAAUUCGAGGAACAGAUGUAAUACAUAAAGUGGUAGAUGAAAGUUUAAAAGUUGGUUUUCGCUCCAUUGAUACAGCUGUGGCAUAUCGAAAUGAAAAAGAUAUAGGCUGUGCUCUAAAAAGUUUACUACCAAAAUAUAAUCUUCAGAGGAGUGAUAUAUUCAUCACAACUAAGCUUUCACCAAGUGAUCAUGGAGAUCCAAAAGCAAUAGAAAAGUCUGUGCAAAAAUCACUUAAAGCGCUUAACACUACAUACAUUGAUUUAUACUUGAUUCAUUGGCCAGGUGUAUCUCGUACUUCAGAAAGUUCAACGAAGAAUUCACGUUUAAGGGCAAAGACUUGGGAUAAGUUGAUAGAAUUGAAAAAACAAGGGCUUAUAAGAUCUAUAGGUGUUUCUAAUUAUACAAUCAAACAUUUAGAAGAAUUAUUACAAAAUUGUAAAGAUACACCACCAGCUGUUAAUCAAGUUGAGUUGCAUCCACAUUAUCGUCAAGAAGAAUUAAUUAAGUAUUGCAAAGAGAAAGGAAUUCAUGUACAAGCAUAUUCUUCUUUAGGAACUAGUAGCAGUACUAAUCUUUUAAAAGAUCCGAUUGUUGUAAAAGUAGCUUCUCAACUUAAUGUAUCACCAGCACGAUUACUAUUAAAUUGGGCUUUGCAACAGGGAAUUGGCAUUAUUCCCAAAGCGAUAAAGAAAAAACAUAUAAGAGAUAAUAUAAAACUAAAUUUUGUAAUUGAUGAAGAGAGUAUGAAAGCUUUGUCUUGCCUUCCUCAACAUAAAUACGCUUGGGACCCUUCCAAUGUAUAUUAAUUAAGUUUAAAUAUAAAAUAAAAAACAAAAAAAAUAUGGAAGAUUUUGCAGAUCAAAUUGCACAACUUUGUUUAGAAAAAUAUAAUAAGCUUAGUAAAAAUGGUAAACCAUUAGAGAAAGAAUGGACUGUGUUAUCAGGUAUAAUAUUAAAAAAAAAGGACAGUUCACUUAAUUUAGUAGCCCUUGCUACAGGAACAAAGUGCUUAGGAAAA